AUGUUAUAAAAUACAGCUUUUUCGGUGGGAUGGCUUGGAUCUUAACCUAUCAUUUCAAUCUCACUUUUGCGAUAUCUUGUGAAAACAGAUGUUGCUGCUCUUUAUGCUUCUUAGUUUUUCAUUAGACUAUGGUGUAUUGUUGCUUUCCUAAUAGCUUUCAUUUAGUAAUUAUUAUGUUUUAACAUCAUUAGCAAAAUUUUAAGUCUUCAACAUCCCACUAAGAAUUCGCCUCAUGAAUUAGCUUAGCCAUUUAGAUUUUCCUUUUCUCUUGUUUUCACUUGUGCAAUAUUUGAAUUCAUUCAAUUAGCCUUAACAAUUCACGCAGUAACAAUCGUAUAAAAUAUCAGUUAGCCUAUUACAGCAUUGUUCAUUACUUAGCUCUUUACUAAUUAUUCACAGCCUUCUUUAGAAGUUGGAUAAACAAUGUGACUCCGAAUACAAUAUUCUGUUCAUUUUUAUUAAUGGGCUUAGUCUAUUUAUUAGAAGAUUGGUUAGUACUAAUACCUGGCACUGCUUUUUAAAACAAAUAUCUUUCUAUUAAAAAAUCGUUUGAUUGGUAACCUCUUAUAAUGGUUAUUUGCGCAGCAGCCUCGCAUACACUUGGCAUUUGGAUGUUCAAGGUUUUGUCAAUGAAAAUGCAUUAAACUUAAAAAGCCUUUAUUGACAGGGUUUCUUGGUCAAACUAUAUAGCCGAUGAGCCUGACAAAAUCACCUAUAGUUUAUGCGUAGUCAAUAGUUUGUUCAGCAAAUAUUUAGAGGCUUAAUUGAGAAUACACUGUGAAACUAAUUCCAUGUAAAUCGAUGGACUCUCUUAAAAGGAAUUGCGAGCUUUAAUCAAGGAUUAUUUUGAUAACCAUCUAACUUACAGUUUUCAAUAUAUGGAGUAAUUCAAGAUAUUCAAUUUCAACAAAGAAGGUAAUUUUGAUGCAAUAUCUGAUAAGCCAUUGAUGAUCCUGCCAUAUAUAAGGAGGAAGACACUUUACUUAGGAGAUUGAUUAGGGAGAAGAUCUAUGAAAUGUAACUUGAGCACCAAAGAUACAAGGAAUUAUUUGGUUCUGAUAAGUACCUCAAUCUCUAAUUCGAAAUUCUAUUUGAAGAUUAUGGUAUACACGAAUACAUUUGGGAUGAUGAAACGCCUUAUAUUUAAUUGAUAAUUUCAUUUUUUGAGGGAAUCUUUUGUUUCUGUGCUGCCUUCUAUAACCAUGAAUACGAUGACUUAUUUUCAAAUGGAUACUAUGUAUAAAUGUCCCAUGUUUCUUAUUAUGUAUGGAUAACUAUAUUUUUGGGGGUUUUUUAAUUGCUAAAAAUAUUGUAAUGAUUUAAAACUAAAAGAUAGCUCAUUUAAAUUGAUGUUCCUGUGGAAUGUUCAAACCUAUUUUUUUAGUGGCAUUUUCACUGAGUUGAUAGUUGUCUAUAUUACUAUGCUUUGGAUUGAACCUGUUGGAUAUCUAUAAGUCUUAGGCUUAAUCUUAUCUUAUACCAUAAUGUGUGUAUUAUAUAGAUCUGCUGAAAAAGUGAGGGAUCAAAGUAAACUUAUUUAUAAUACUAAUUAAAUUAGAAAACAAACUCUUCUAUUUGAGUUUUAUUACUUUCUUAAUAAGAGUCCAGAAAUUUACAGUUAGAGAAGGAUCGUAAAUAAUCCAAAUGAUGUCCUUAUGUGCAGAAAGACUAAGUCUCAAUGAAUUUUUAAAGGUUUUGGCUUAAAUCCUCUGUACUCACGGGAUAGUUAGUUAUGAUUAAUUAAGAUAAAUCAAAUUUAGUCAUUUUGGGGAGAGUCCUUUCUUUUAAUUUUAGAUUCCAUUUAUCUUUCAAUCUCAACUUAGAUAUGAAAACAAUAUUGAAGAUCCCUAUCUUCCUGAAUUUGAUGAUGAGCAUCUGCUUAGAGAAGAGGACAAACAAACAAAGUUUGAGAGGUAAUCAUAUAAAUUCUACUAUUAAGAUAUGUUAUUGAUAGUAAAUAUGAGAAUGAGAAAUAAUAAAUGAAGGAUGAAGUCAAAUAGUAAGUUAUGGAGAAUAGAAAGUUGAAUAAAUCAAAAAUACUGUAAAGCAACAUGUAGCAAUCAAGAAUUGUUUAAAUUGAUGAUCAUCAAGAGUGA